CUGUAAUGUAUGAGUCAAAGUGCUCUAUGUUGUGUUACUGUCUCCUCACGUGUGAGCUCACUUGUUGCAACUGCUGACAUGUUGCAGCUCUUCCUCAUUCAAAUGUAACAGCUACGAGUGAGUUACUGCAUGAAGACUCGUUUCCUGAGUGGGUAGUGAUCCAUUUCACUUGCGUCGAGCCUCAAGCUGUUGCGCUGCAGCACAUUUAAAGGAGAUAGAAAGUUUACUUCUUUAUAUAUAGAGAGAUUUUUUUACCGCUGGCAAGAUGGCUUUACAGUUUAAAGAUGAAUUCUGGGGAAAAGAAUUCAUCAGCAAUAUCGGCUUUGAGAUCAUUAUCCAAAGACUGAAUGAGGGCCGGCGAACAUGCAAAGAUGUGGAGGAGCUUCUAAAAAUGAGGGCUUCAGCGGAGGAGAAAUAUGGAAAGGAGCUGAUCUCCAUUGCCCGAAAAGCUGGGGGUUUGAGUGAAGUUUGCACUUUAAGAUCAUCGUUGGAUGAAAUGAAAACUCAAAUUGAAAAUGUUGGAAACUUGCAUAUUCAGUUAUCUGGAGUCCUAAAGGAGGAGAUGAAAAGAAUGGAGGAGUUCAGAGAACGUCAGAAAGAACAGAGAAGAAAGUUUGAAGCUACCAUGGAGAAGACCCAGAAGAGUAAAGUCUCCCAGUACAAGAAAACAAUAGAUUCUAAAAAGUCCUAUGAGCAACGCUGCAAAGAAGCGGAUGAGGCGGAACAAACGGCUGAGAGGUUAGGCGCCGCACCCUCAGCCACUCCUAAACAGAUUGAGAAGAUGAACAUCAAAUGUAAGCAGUGCAGAGAAGCAGCAGUGGAAGCUGAAAACCAGUACAGAUCCAACAUUGAAUUGCUUAAUGAUGUUCACCGGCAGUGGGAGUCAACGCACACUGAGAUCUGUGAGAUAUUUCAGCAACAAGAAGAGGACCGAAUCAACAUCCUGAGGAACGCGAUUUGGGUUCACUGCAACCAUCUGUCAAUGCAGUGUGUCAAAGACGACGAGUGUUACGAGAACGUAAGAAAUGUGCUCGAAAACUGUGACACCAUCACAGACAACAACUACUUUGUGGAGAGGAAUAAGACCUGCUCGACGCCCCCAGGACCAAUCGAGUUCCAAGCUUAUUACGAUAAUCAUACUUCAUCUGAGAAAAACGGCUCCCCUGGAUUUGUAGGAGAAGUCAAGAAAAGAUUUUCAAACCUGCUUCAAGGGACCUGCGCCACGAGCUCCAAAGAGAGCAACAAUGAGCCUGUUGCACAACCUCCGGUAAAUUCAACAGACGGCGUUUAUGCUUCCAUCCCUGGUGAAAAUCUCCAAAUGAACAAUAUGGAGUACAGGGCUGUGUACAACUACCUGCCACAGAUGGAAGACGAGCUUUCGUUAUGUGUUGGGGAUGUCGUGGUAGCCCUCGAUCAGGGCGAAGAUGGCUGGUGGAAGGUGCAAAGAAAUGGUUCUUCAGGACUGGUUCCAGGUUCCUACCUGGAAAAAGUAUGAUCACCAGCCGGAAAACAUGUAUUUCAACGUGUACAAUUAUCAUUUCAAACUACCUUGUGUUUUGUUUUUAUUGAAGUUACUGGUUUGUAGGAUUUUUUUAUGUUUUCACUUUGACCCCACCUGGUGGUAGCAAUGCAAACAGUGCACAGAUAAAGCAGUUAUUUACUGCAUGCUAAGUGCAAUCCUUCGAACAAAAAAACUAUAAAACCACAUUUGUGAAUUCAGUGAAACACAAAUAUUGUGGUUGUUUUAACUAGUCAUGAUGAACCCAAGCUGUUUUUGUUCACUGAUGGCUGGGAGAUUUGCAAAGCUUGUGCACAGAAUCAUGGCACUAAUUUCUAUGCAUGAAGUGUUUUUACUUUUUGUGACAAAUACCAUUUAUUUAAUGCUCUAAAACUAUCAAGAUGUUCUGCUGUUGUAGUGCAUUUGGUUUAUAGCUGUACAUAUUUCUUGUUUUUGAGAUGCACGCUUCAAAGAUGUUAUAUAUUUAAUGUCAAUUUAAUUAUUUGUUUUAAUAGAAAAAAUACUUGAUGCUGAAAUGAUGCACUGUGUUUUUUUCUAAAUCACCAAAGUAGAAAAAAAUAGAUGAUUUCAACAUUACAUCAGGGCAGAUUGGUCACAUAGGUUAUAGUCCAGGAAGUUACUUGGCUUUGGCAUUUGGUUGCUUUGCUGCAAGGUCAAUGAAGUAAGGCGUUGUCAAGUAACCACACUUGAGCCUCCUUAUAACUGUGUAAAUGUGCAAUAGUUAUUUAUAAAUCACAAACUGCUGUAGAGCCAUAUUAGGCAUUUCUGCUGUGUUUCAUGUUUUAUCUGGACGGAGGAAACCACCACAACAGAAACUGAAGAAAACAGAAAAUAUAUAAUUUAAUGUUUUACACUCCAUUUUACAUGCAAAUUAAGAUACUAAAUAACAAAAGACAAAAACAUUGAUCAAAACCAGGUAUAUGUCAGAAAAGAUAAACUAAAUUGACAACACUAUUGACUUGGGGUCCAAUAGUAUACUUUUUUUUUUAACAAUAUACUAGAAAAAGGGUCAAAUUUUCCCAAUUACCAAGAGUUAGUGUUAAAUAAAUAUUUGUUCUGAUAGUAAAUAAUGAAUAUUCUCAUUGUUUAAGUUAAGUAACUGAUUUAGAAUAUAUAUAAUAUAGUAGAAAGUUCAUACACA